AUGGAGCUCCCAGGACGAGAUGCAUGUGAACAUUGCCUCGACCGCGGCCAUUCGCAGGCGGUCGUACGCAUGCCAUCUCAGCUUGCACGUCCCCACGGCAUCAUGGCUAUCACGCCUGUCAAGCUCAGGGGCGAGGAGCCAUCGAUGAUACCGCAUGCACGAGACAAAAUUGCGUCGCCCGUCGGCAUCGGCGCGCACGCGCACGCGCCCGCUGCAGCACCGCCGCACCACACACGUCGCCGACCUGACCGCAGCUUUAAGCAGUGCAAAUACAUGUGGUCUCCAUUCGGACGAAACACCAUCGACCAGCCAUGGGAGGUGGUCGGCUUCAAGAGCGUCGAGCCCGUGCCGACAUUCGACGACCACGACAACCUGGACAUCGUGCGCGCGAGCCCGAUUGACAUCAGCGCGAAGAGCGUGUUCGACGUCAAGCCGCCCUUCGUGCGCGCGAGCGCAGACGCUGCCCACCCGCGCAGGUUCGACCUCGAAAGCGCGCUGCGCACCGCGCGUUCGCGCCUGCUGAAGGAGGCCGC